UGGUGGUAGUGGUGGUGGUGGUGAUGUGCUGGAGCAAGUGUUCCCUCCAGGCUCACUGGAUGCCAGCUCUAGCAUGUUCCUAUCGUAAACUGCGGCGCGAGUUGGAGGCAGCUGUGCGUGACAGGCAUCUUUGAAGCACGAAAUUACGAUGCCAUCCCCGAUGGAGGGAUCUUCCAGAGAAGGUGACCUGUUUACUGUGAAACAUGAGCUGAAACAUGCCAACCUUACGGGCCAUGUAGAGAGAGUGGGCAUUGAAAACUUUGAGCUAUUAAAGGUGCUGGGCACAGGAGCAUAUGGCAAAGUGUUCCUGGUCAGGAAAGUGAGCGGCCAUGAUGCGGGAAAUCUGUACGCCAUGAAGGUGCUGAAGAAGGCCACGAUUGUACAAAAGGCGAAGACUGCGGAACACACGCGCUCAGAGAGGCAAGUGCUGGAGCACAUCCGCCAGUCUCCGUUCCUCGUCACACUUCACUACGCCUUUCAGACGGAUACGAAGCUCCACCUCAUUCUCGAUUAUGUAAAUGGCGGAGAGCUCUUCACCCAUUUAGUUCAGAGGGUGCGAUUUAAGGAGCAAGAAGUGGCCCUCUACAGUGGAGAGAUAGUGUUGGCACUGGAGCAUCUACACAAGCUUGGCAUCGUUUAUCGGGACCUAAAACUUGAAAAUAUUCUACUGGAUUCAAAUGGUCACAUAGUUCUCACAGACUUUGGCCUCAGUAAGGAGUUUGAUCAGGUGGACAGGGCUUUCUCUGUCUGCGGCACCAUUGAAUAUAUGGCGCCAGAGAUUGUGGAGGGAGGAGAGUCUGGACAUGACAAGGCAGUGGACUGGUGGAGCCUUGGCGUGCUGAUGUACGAGCUUUUGACUGGCGGAUCGCCCUUCACUGUUGACGGUCAUGAGAACUCUCACACAGAUAUUGCCAAGAGGAUUUCAAAGAAGGAUCCUCCUUUUCCCAAAGAUAUGGGACCGCUUGCCAAAGACCUCAUCCAGCGACUCCUCAUCAAAGAUCCAAAGAAGAGAUUAGGUUCUGGUCCUAAUGGAGCAGGGAAUGUAAAGAAACACCCAUUUUACCAGAAAAUUAACUGGGAGGACUUGGCUGCCAAAAAGGUGCCCGCCCCAUUCAAGCCAGUGAUUCGGGAUGAGCUGGACGUCAGCAACUUUGCGGACGAGUUCACGGAGAUGGACCCGACCUACUCCCCAGCAGCCCUGCCUCAGAACUGUGACCGCAUUUUCCAGGGCUACUCUUUCAUGGCCCCCUCCAUCCUGUUCAAAAGGAAUGUGGUGAUGGACGACCCUGUCCAGCUGUGUGGGGGCUCAGAGAGGCCAGGCUCUGCUGCGGUGGCCCGCAGCGCCAUGAUGAAGGACUCGCCCUUCUAUAUGAGUUAUGAGAUGGACCUGAAGGACAGCGCUCUGGGAGAAGGCAGCUUCUCAAUCUGCAGACGCUGCACGCACAAGAAGACCGGGCAGAAAUACGCCGUCAAAAUUGUCAGCAAGAGAAUGGAAGCACAGACCCAGCGGGAAAUAGCGGCGCUGAAACUCUGCGACGGUCACCCCAACAUUGUCAAGUUACAUGAAAUUUACCACGACCAGCUGCACACGUACCUGGUGCUGGAGCUGCUCGGUGGAGGGGAGCUCUUGGAGAGGAUUCGCCGAAAGCAACAUUUCAGCGAAACCGAGGCCAGCCGCAUCAUGCGCAAACUGGUGUCUGCCGUCAGCCACAUGCACGAUGUAGGAGUGGUGCAUAGGGACCUUAAACCGGAGAAUCUGCUCUUCACAGACGAGAGCGAGAACUCCGAGAUCAAAAUCAUAGACUUUGGCUUUGCCCGCCUCAAGCCGCCAGACAAUCAGCUCCUGAAGACGCCGUGCUUCACGCUGCAGUACGCCGCGCCAGAGAUACUCAAAUACGACGGUUAUGAUGAGUCCUGUGACCUCUGGAGUCUGGGGGUCAUUCUGUACACCAUGUUGUCCGGUCAGGUGCCUUUCCAGUGUCAGGAGAAGAGCCUGACCCACACCAGCGCUGAGGAGAUCAUGAAGAAAAUCAAACAGGGGGACUUCUCUUUUGAAGGAGAAGCCUGGAGGAAUGUGUCGCAGCAGGCCAAAGACCUGAUACAAGAGCUGCUGACAGUGGACCCAAACAAGCGGAUUAAAAUGUGUGGUCUGCGUUACAAUGCCUGGCUCCAGGACGACAGCCAGCUGUCCUCCAACCCACUCAUGACCCCGGACAUUCUGGGCUCUUCCACCGCCUCUGUGCACACUUACGUCAAAGCUACCUUUCAUGCAUUUAACAAAUGUAAGCGGGAAGGUUUCCGCCUGCAGACGGUGGACAAGGCGCCACUCGCCAAGAGGAGGAAGAUGAAGAAGACGAGCACCAGCACAGAGACGCGCAGCAGUUCCAGCGAGAGCACCCACUCCUCGUCCUCGUCCUCCCAGUCUCAGGAGAAAGCGUCCCCAGGGGCCGACGCCGGUCUGCGGCCUCCCAACAGCACUCCUCCUCUCACCACACCUGUCCACACACCCGUGGCACUGGGAACAGACUCCGCGCCACCGGCCUUUCACUUCUCAGAGGGAGAGUGAGAGGGAGAAACCAAGAGAUUCCCGACUGUUUUGCAAACAGGAGUAAAGGCUCAGACCGGAGUAGAGACAACUCUCUUCCCUUUACCCUCCGUCGUCCCCCGUCCCCCCCGGCAACCUCCCUGCCUCUGGCUCAAUUGCAUGGACGUCUGCACGUCUCCGAAAUACCAAGCAUGCAGCAGGAGCAGCAACCGUCGCCUCAACAUCAAGUCAAUUAGCCGCCACUAGCAAUAGCCUGUUCAUUUUCUUUCUCCGUCACCGUCACACACACACACACACAGGCAGACCGUCUCAAUCAGGGACUGGACCAGGGAAAAAGUUGUCACCGAUGUCCAAAAAUGAAAAGGGCUGCACUUACUGCCACAGGUCCGGACAGACGGCAGUGUUUGUCGACGCCUCCAGAGCUUGUUUUUCCUAUAAAAAAAAAAAAAGGGAAAAGUCUUAGUGUUUACAUCACGGACGCUUUGUAUUAUAUUUGUCAAAGGGAGGAAAAAGGAAAUUUAACUGCAGCGUAACCACGUGGGUCCACUUUCCCGGGGAGAAGACUCUGCAAGAUGGAGCCGGGUAUUUAUAUGUGAAUUUUACAGACUGAAAUGUAUUUAUGAUAAUAAGCUAUAUUGUUAACUUAUUUAUGGUUCAGAUGGAUCUGAAAAGAAAUAAUAAUGGAUAGAGUAGUAUGUUUUUUUGUGUCUCUCUGUCGUCGUCGUCGCACAUCAACGCUUCUAGUUCGAGACUAACGCCCGUAUGCUGAAUUUCAGUUAAACAGAAACAAACACACAAAAAAAAACAGCCAAAAUCCUUAUGGUUAAGGAUUAAAGAAAAGUGUUAGCAUCUUUUUGUAAGAAAAACAACGUGGGUGUAUUAUGUUCUGCUAAAUCUGGGGUUUUAUUGUUGUGUGGGGGAAACUUGCUGCCUGCGGGGAUGUGACCCAACAAGAAGAGCUAUAUUUAGAUCUCGCUCUGCCUCUGAUGUGGGAGUGAGACAACUUUGAGAGCCGCAGCUGCUGCUGCUCCACACUGCCUGAUCCUUGAUUUGGGACUGAGACCAGCGGUGGAUUUGCGCACUUGUGUCGUAUAUAAAACGCUAUUAAUUGUCUCACGACGGCCAAUUGGAUUAGGAGGAUCUCCAGAUCGGCUUAGCGUGUCGAGAGUUUACAGAGAUCCUCCGCGAUGUCAAGAGAGCGGCUUCCCUUUUUUCAAAUAUAGCAAGAUUAAAUAACGGGAGGGGAAAAGAAAAAAGGAAAAGUUUUACUGUACGUGCCAAAAAAAUCAGGUAAGAUUCAGUGUUGUGGUAAAAGUCGCCACCUGGAGUCUUAAGACUAACCCUUUAUGAAAACAUCAGGUUUGUGAGGACAGACCUUUAAAAACAAACAUUUUGUUCACUUUAAACACUGUCCCUUGCUCCUAUCUACUGUGUUUUAUUUCCCACGUGACUGAAAAUGGAAAUCUGCAUAAUGUGAACCAAAACAUCAGCUUCUUACUCUUUUUUCUUUCUUUUUUUUUUCUUUCUUUCUUGAUUUAUUGCGAGUUUAGUCACUUGCAUACUUAAAUGUCCCUGAUUUCAUGCAGGAUUUUAAAGGGUUUUUUUACACUUAAGUGUAAUGGAGGGGGACUGAUUUGGGUGAAACACCCUAAUCAUGAUCUCUCUGACUUGUAUUGUGAUAACUUCAGCACUUAUCAGGCUGUAUCGACUGAACUUUGGGGCUGGAGCGUCCUCCGUGGAACCAAAAUAUCAAAAUAUGGACUUUGGAAAAGUGAUCAUUAAAGAUUGAAUAUAAAACAAUAUUGACUUAAAACAAGAGCAUUAUAGCGUGAGACGCUACUCUAAAGUGAGGGUGAGAGAUUGAAGCGCUUAGCUGGCAGAGAACAGUCAAAACUAAUUUAUUUGUUCAGCCCAAAAUAAAAAAAACAAACAUUUCUUUAAUGGCCUGAAUAUCGUAGAUGACGUUACAAGACUGUGUGAUUUUAAAGGCUCUGUUGACUGUUCUGCUUUUGCACGUAUGUGUUGAUCUGUAUCCAUGAUAGAAUUUUGAAAAUACUGUGUUCGGUUGUACAAAUAUUUUUUCAUGUUUUUAUGUGAAUUUGCUUCUUUUUUCUUUUUUUUUUACCCCUCAAGAUGCACAUUCUUGUGUUCAACACGUUCAAACACACACUCAUCUUCUUCCAUUUGAAUGCACUCUGAAUCGGAACCAAAGCAUUAACUGUCGACGCGGCUGCUCCGAGCUGCGCGGGAUAUUUAUUUUGAUGCAAAAUAUGCAAACGCUUUCGUUGUCAUCUAUUUAUGUUGUGAUUUUGUCUCGUUUUGAGGAUACGCGCGGGAUUUUGUCUCCGAUUCCUGACAAAAUCGUCUUAUUUAAAUAUCCGGCACAUUACCAUGCUUACAACUAUGCAUCUCUUCUCACUUUUGCCAUUUAAA